UGGAAACUAAAAAACAACAGCUAACUUCCAUACACAUCUGUAUUAAACAAGAUAAUGUUCGUGUUCAAAAGAGAUAAAUCCUUCCACAAGCUCCAAACAAGCCAGCUUCCAAAAUCUAUAUUAUAUCAACAAGCCACUGAGUCAAACUAGCUCACAAGCUUAUCAGCCUGAGCACGGUCCAGCUCAAGCUUGGUUCGUUUAGUAAUGGUUCGGCUCACGAAUCACCUUGUUAUAGAACGUGUUUUCUUCGAUUCAAACGCCGAGUUGCUCGCAAGUUUCUUUAGCUCAUUUGCAACCCUAAUUGAGACUUUAAUAAUAGAUAGAUGCAAGGGUAUUGGGCCGUAAGUCCAAUCAACGACAAGGGGCCACGAUCUGCAGACACGACGGCCCACCAAUCUCCUGAAAAAAACAUUUAUCUCGGGGUCCAGCACAAAACGAACCAAAAAUUGCCGUUGCCAUCUACCACUCUCUCUCCACCUGCGCACGUGCCAUUUGGUUCGCGCGUUUCAUAGAACAGAAACCAAAAUUCACCUUCUUUCAGCGAACAACACAAAAGCCUCACUCUCACUCGCUCGACUCGGAGCACUCAGAACUCAGAAGCCACUCAACUCCCUGCCUCCGUCCCCGCCAAUGUCGACGCUAAUGACCGCCAGGCCCACUCUCUCCGGUGGUCCUUCCUUCGGAUCGCCGAGCUCCACCGCCACCUCCCGCCGUCGGACCAAAUUCAGGCACCCGGCGGUGAGAAUGCAGCAGACGCGAUUCCACACUCUGAUCCAGGAGCAGGGGACCGUGCUGAUGCCGGGCUGCUACGACGCUCUCUCCGCCGCCAUUGUCCAGAAAACCGGAUUCAGUGCUGGUUUCAUCUCCGGCUACGCUCUCUCCGCUUCUCUCCUCGGCAAACCGGACUUCGGCCUGCUCACGCCGCCGGAAAUGGCUGCUGCUGCUAGAACGGUUUGUUCUGCGGCCUCGCUCAUACCGAUCAUCGCCGAUGCUGAUACUGGUGGGGGAAAUGCUCUCAAUGUUCAGAGAACAAUCAAAGACUUGAUUGCAGCUGGUGCUGCUGGAUGCUUUCUGGAGGAUCAAGCAUGGCCGAAGAGGUGUGGGCAUAUGCGUGGCAAACAGGUUAUACCAGCAGAAGAGCAUGCUGCUAAAAUUGCCUCUGCUAGGGAUGCUAUAGGGGAUGCAGAUUUCUUCCUUGUGGCCAGGACGGAUGCCCGUGCAACAUCAGCGAAAACAGGUCUUUCGGAUGCCAUUGCAAGGGCCAAUCUGUAUAUGGAGGCAGGAGCUGAUGCAUCUUUUGUGGAGGCGCCAAGGAACGACGAGGAACUCAAGGAGAUUGCACGAAGAACGAACGGGUACAGGGUAUGCAACAUGCUUGAAGGAGGGGUCACUCCCUUGCACACUCCUGAAGAGCUCAAGGCAAUGGGGUUCCAUUUGAUUGUGCACCCACUAACCUCGCUCUACGCAUCAGCUCGUGCGUUGAUUGAUGUGUUGAAGACCCUGAAGGAGAAAGGCACCACAAGAGACGAACUCGACAAGAUGGCUACUUUUAAGGAAUUCAAUGAAUUGGUUGAAUUGGAGUCCUGGUUCGAUCUGGAGUCGAAAUACGCUAGUAUGAAGAAUGUUACUACAGCAGUUAGAACAUGACCAGCAGGUUAGGAGUAAUAAAACUCUUCUCCAGCCGUCCUAGGAGGACUUGUCUUCAAAGUUCUGUACUUUGAACUUACAAAACAAAUAAAUUAGCUUUCGUUUAUUUUGAAUGAAGUAUUAAGUAGUUCUGAAUCCCCCUUAGCAACGUUGAACAUGAUGCGACACUAGAGGAAAGGUCAUUUGUCAACUAUUCGAACGAAAACCGUAACUCCUGCACCUCUUACCUACUGUUUUCGAUUUCAGUUUUCUUAUCGGUUUUCUGGUUUAAACUGUAAUCGAUAAGAUCCAAAUCGAUUUGAGACCAAAAACUCGAAACCGAUGCGGUCUUUAUCAGUUCAGUUUGAACAAUCGAAACAAAUAUCCCAGCCAUAAUAUCAUCUCAUCUUACAGAUUUACAUCAUAUAUUGGUGCUGCAAAUCUCCAAUUAUUGGUCACCAAAUCACACCCCCAGUUCAUCAGGUUGUGCAGAGGAGAAGUGCAAAUGCAUGGGGCCUAUCUGUCUGGUAAGCUUCACGGACGGAAAAACACCCCCUCGUGACCCUUCCUUUCUCUGUGUCAUAAUUUCUCCAUUGCUUGAAAUAGUCAAUUUGCUUUGCUCCUUUUUCAUACUGGGAAAAGAUGCCUGUCUUCCACUAUCAUUCUGGUCAUGGU